AGACAUCCUAGGACGUUCUCCCGAUAAUUUCGUGGGAGCUUAUUCUGCAAUCCUGAAUCAAACUCUCUUAAGUGGACCCCUUGCCAUUUCAGGAGAAUGUAUAUGGUUCCAAGCCCAGCCUCAGCCACCGGAGAAGCACAACCUUCAUUCUGGAGCCCAGCCGUGAUCUCCCUAGUUGCAUCUGUUGGCACGGUCUUCCUGCUCUUCUGCUACUACACAAUCAUCAGAAAGAUUUGCAGUGAGCUUGGGAUCGGGACCUUGAGAAAUCAGGCACAGAGGCAUCUCCUCAACGAGGCCAAUCCUGACGACCCGUCCCUCCAGUUUCACAGCCGUGGCCUGGAUGAUUCAACGGUGCAGUCCCUUCCAAUCAUUCGUUUCCUAAAGGAUGAGAAGGAAAAAUACUCGAUCUUGAAGAAUACCGACUGCGCGGUUUGCUUGGGGGAAUUUGAGGAUGGUGAACAGUUAAAGUUCCUCCCGAAGUGCUCCCAUUCAUUCCAUGUGUCCUGCAUCAAUAUGUGGUUCAUGUCUCACUCGAACUGCCCUCUUUGUCGGACUCAUGUGUUCGAGUUGAGCAUGAGCGAUGAAUGUUCGGUUUCUAUGGAUAGCUUGCUGGAGACUCUUAGGAGGGAGGAUCUCGUCCAAGAGAGGACUGCGCAUUAUCAGAACCUUCAGUCGGAGAUCCUGAGGAAUCAUGCCGCCGAGACUGGAUGAAACUGAAGGCACACGACCUGUAAUCCCGCUCGGGUUUUUACCGAAUGUAAGAAGUACGAAAUUUGGCAUGAGUGGGUUUAU